AUGUCCAAAAACGAGAGUGAGCCAAUGGAAGUUGAUGAACCAGAGUAUGCUACAUUUAUUAAUGGGUGGCUGCAGUUACGCGAUAACUCGAAGAUCGAUCAGUUUCUUAUUGACAUGACGCCAUCCAAAAUUAAUCGUUCAACAGGCUGCGCAUGGAUAUCGGUGCAUAAUCAAUCAAAAGAAAAGAAUUUCGGCACUUCAAAUAUCGAUGGCUUGUGUCAAGAGUAUAAACUGUUGGGAAAACAACUUAGUGUUUCCCGUAUGGAACAUCUGGCGAGAAAAUACAAUGUUCUAAGUGGAAAAUGGAUGUGUUUUGUACGAACAUCACAAGUCGAUAACGUUUGGUCAUGCAUCGCUAAAGCUAUCGUUUUAGGUCAACUGGGCGCUCUGGCAAAAGUUCAAUCGUCUGAACUAAACCGUGAAAUAUGUCACGUUAUUUGCGUUUAUACAAACAAUUACUUGGAUUUGGACGAGAGGGAAAUGAUGAAAAACGAACUCAAAAAUCUUUUGAAAAAAUCAAAUACGAUCGUCAAAUAUCUCUCGUAUAAACCCGAUAUUUAUACGUAUGUGGGUAUUUAUCACAACCAUCCAAUAAUACCAUCGACUAUCGACUCGGUUGCAUGGUAA